CACAAAAGUGAAAGAACCUUCGCAAAAUAAAUUUAUUAACUUGGCAACACAGUCUUUUCAUCGAUAGAUGGAACUACAAAACUGGGCAUAGUUGCAAGGAAAAGGUCCAUCUGAGAAGAGCUUCUUUUAAAAAUACAAAAUUGUGCAAGUGGAGAGUACCUGAAGACUGAAGUUACUGUUGAAGAUCUUUUGAUAGAAGAAGAAGGGAAAAAAGGAUGAAUUUGGGGCAUAUGAAAAUGUUGCUGCAGCAUACAAGAACAAGAAUGUUCUCAAGUUAUUGUUAUGGUACUUCAGCGGGUAAUUAUGGUUAUAGGAUAUCACAACUUGAGCAAAUUGUGAGGGAUGAGUGUAAGUCGGGAAAGGUUCAGAAACUUGAGGAUGGAUUGAGAUGCUUUGAUCAAUUGAUUUUAGAGAGACCAUUACCAUCUGAUUCUACAUUUAAUCAUGUAUUGGGAUCAUUAUCGAAGAUUAAAUGCUAUUCAGAUGUCAUUUUGUUGUAUAAAAAGGUGAUUUUGGUUGGAGUAAAACCUGAUUUGUAUACGUUUAAUAUUUUGAUUAAUUGUUGGUGUCAAUUAGACCAAGUGAAUCAUGGGUUUUGUUUGCUUGGAGAGAUCAUAAAGAGAGGUUAUCAGCCUAAUGUUAUGACUUUCAAUACACUGAUCAAAGGUUUGUGUAUCAAGGAUGAGAUUGAACCAGCAUUUGAACUGUUCGCUAAAAUGACUCACACAGGUAUUCAACCUACUGCAAUUACGUGUACUACCCUUAUACAAGGGCUUUGUAGAAUUGGUAAAGUCGGUCAUGCUCUUCAGCUUAAAAACAACAUGGUGAAAUGGAACUGCAUCCCAAAUGUUGUUUCUUAUUUGGUCAUCAUAGAUGCUCUUUGUAAAGAGGGUCUAGUUGAUAAAGCUUUGCUUCUCUUCUCCGAAAUGCAUAGAGAUUCAAAUGUGGUACCCACUGUAGCUGUUUACAAUUCUUUGAUCAAUGGACUUUGCAAUUCAGGCCGGUUGAACGAGGCAAAGAGAGUCUUUGACGAGAUGGUUAGUAGAGGAAUCUCUGCCGAUGUAACUACAUAUAAUUGUAUGAUUGAUGGUCAUUGCCGGCAUGCUCAAUGGGAAGAAGCAAGAAGAUAUUUUGAUGAGAUGCUGGAUCGGGGGGUUUCACCAGAUACAGUAACCUUUAAUAUAUUAAUAGAUGCACAUUGUAAAGAUGGGAUGACAGAAGAUGCUUGGGGGUUAUUUAAACUGAUGGACAAGUUAAACAUAAAAGCUGACCAGAUUACUUAUAACUCAAUGAUCGAUGGUCUAUGUUUGACAGGUCGGCUGCAAGAAGCGGUGAAACUGUUUGACUCCAUGAUGGAUAGAGGCCUUCAACCGGAUGUUGUCAGUUGCAAUAUAUUAAUUGAUGGGUACCACAAGAAUCGUAAGUUGGAUGAAGCUAUGCAACUAUUCAAGAAAAUGAAACAAAAUGGAUUGAAACCCGAAAUAGUUACUUACAAUAUAUUGUUAGCAGGACUAUACCGAGACGGAAGAAUGAAGACUGCAAAGAGUUUGUUCAGUGAGAUGCAAACAUUCCGUGUAUCUCCAAAUAUUAUCACAUACAAUACACUGUUGGAUGGGUACUUCAAGAAUGGAUACACUGAGAAAGCAAUACAAUUAUUUGAAUCCAUGGAGGGUAUUGGUAUUUUAGCUAAUGUUGAAAUGUACAAUAUUCUUAUUCAAGGGUUGUUCCAGGCUGGCAAGUUGGAGGAUGCGAGAAAACUGUUCAUGCAAAUUCCAGAAAAGGGAAUAGUGCCUAAUGUAGUGACAUAUACCACAAUGAUAAGUGGCCUCUUUCGUAGCAAGAUGUUAUUGGAGGCUAAAGAUUUAAUCAUCGAAAUGGAAGAGAAGGGUUGUGUACCUAAUGCUAUAACAUAUAAUAUCAUCAUCAAGGGUUUUCUUGUAGGAAAGGAAACUGACAAGGCAUUGCAAUUUGUUCGCAAGAUGCGUGAAAGAAAAUUUGUGCCGAGUGAUUCUGUUUGUUCAUUGAUCUUCACUCUGCCACUGUUGCUAUUUGCAAUUCAAUAUCAUUUUAUGGGCCUAAACUUUAUUUUGAAGGCGGAAGAGCUAAUGAUUCUACUAAAAUUCAUUAGGUUUCAAAUAAUAUCAUCCGGGAGAUUGUUAGAAAUUUUCAUGCAUCAAAAGUAUGGGUUGCAGCAGACGCAGUUCCUGAUACACAACUUACUGCCAAUGGGAGAAGAAGGGACACUAUGCUUACACUUGCCGAAAUGGCAAGGAUAAAUGGCAAUCACCGAGUCAAAUUAGGUAAAUCUACUUGCAAGAUCUUGACUGUUCAACAUCAUAAUUGCACCACUGGUCGAACACUGGAACUCAAUACAGAGCCUUUGGAUCAGAGUAGCAGACACUUGUACUUUUCUACAUAACUUGAUCCUUUCAGAAGCUUGGAGACUAAUUGCCAUCCAGCCGAAAGUAACAGUGCGUCCAUGCCAACAAUCAGCCAUUUAAGUCUCUUCUAUUUCAAUGUUUCUUCAUCUAGCCAAAAAAAAGGGAACAUUGGAACGACAAUACGAAGAACUCCAAAAAAUGCGUGAUGCUGAUGCUCCAGAUUUUAUUAUUGAGACGCUGACUUUGUUCUGUAAUAUGACAGAACAGAGACUAAAAGAAAUUGAGAAACACUCG